AGGAGAAGGAGACAGAGCAGACACAGCUCUGGGCUGCAAGCAGGGACAGCCUUGGUCUGUUCCCCAGCAGGGAAACCUCCAGGGGCUGCCCUUGGCUCUGGACAGGAAAGUCAAGCUCAGGAGGGGAAAGCAGAGAUUUGGGGCAAGGACAGAGGUGGUCACACACAGUGAGCAGCACAGACCAAUGGAGAGGCCCAUGGAAGCUCCCCACAGUGGAGGCAGCCCCUGGAAGGGGCUCCUGAUCACAGCCUCCAUCCUCAGCUGCUGGAUCCAGCCAACAUCUGCUCAAGCUGUUGUGCCAAACCCACCCUAUGGAACAGUGGGAGGAAAUGUCACCUUGGACAUCCAGGGCUUCUCAGGGGAGCCUCUCAGCUAUUCUUGGUUCAGAAAGACAGCAGACAACUCCAACAGAAUCGCUUUCUACCAUGUCCCUUCUGGAGUGCAGACACCAGCAGACAUCCGGGAGAAGAUCUUCUCCAAUGGCUCCCUGCUCAUCCCCGGCCUCACCCUCAAUGACACUGACCUCUACAUUGUACAAAUUGUUGAUUCCCAAAGUGGCCUGAUACUGGCAGCACAAGGACAAUUGACAGUGUAUGGGCCACUACUGAAACCUGCCAUCAUCAGCUCCAACAUGGCCCCAGUGGAGAACAAGGACAAUGUCUCCUUGACAUGCCAGUCUGAGAGUCAAGAUGUCACAUCCCUGUGGUUCAUAAACCAAAGGCCCCCAGCUGGUGACAGGAUGGAGCUGUCCUCAGAUAACAAGACACUCACUAUAAUCCAUGUCACAAGGGAAGACCAAGGACCCUAUGAGUGUGAAAUCCAGAACCCAGUUAGUGUCAAUAGAAGUGACCCAUUCACACUGAAUAUUAUCUAUGGCCCGGAUCCCCCCACGAUUCUCCCCACAGACCCUCAUUACCCUGUAGGGGCAACUCUUGAGUUGUCCUGCUCUGCUGUGUCUAACCCACCUGCCCAGUAUACUUGGUUUAUCAAUGGAACACAGAUGGUGUCUACAGCCCAUAAUGUCUCUAUUCCCAAUGUUUCUCUGAAUUACACUGGAACGUAUACCUGUAAUGCAUCUAACUUGGUCACUGGCUUGUCUAGCACCAAAGACAUCAGUAUCACAAUCUCUGAAAAACCAGCCAAACCUAGCAUUAAUGCCAACAGUACCAACAUCAUAGAGAAUGGCAGUUUGGUCUUCACAUGUAGCAUAGAAAAUGAGGGGAAGAACAUUCUGUGGGUCUUCAAUAACCAGCCCUUGUCACUCAAUGACAGGAUGAAUAUGUCUGAGGAUAACCAGACCCUCACCAUCAAGAGUGUGAAGAGGGAGGAUGCUGGGUCCUAUCAGUGUGAAGUCUGGAAUCCAAUCAGUGCCAACAGAAGUGACCCCCUCACUCUGACUGUGAGCUAUGGACCAGAGCACAUCAUGUUUGUACCAAACCCUGAAAGUGGGGAGAUCGAGGUCAAAUUCAAAGACCCACUGACCUUAGUGUGUCAAGUUGAGUCUUGCCCACCUGCCCUCUAUGAAUGGCAGGUCAAUGGUACUGUGAACUCUGACUUCUCUGGUAAUACCAUUGGCAUCAAAAAUGUAUCUUGGGAAGAUUCUGGAAAGUACACCUGUUUGGCAAAGAACAAUGUGACCAACUUAACUAUAUCUAAGGACAUAAUAGUCAAGGUGAAUGCAGACAAGUCCACAGGAGGAGGGAAUGGCUCCACACUCUCUGGAGGGGCCACAGCUGGCAUUGUGAUUGGAGUCCUAGCUGGAGUAGCUCUCAUCGGGGCCCUCAUCUAUUUCCUGUUCUUCAGAGACACUGGAAGGGUCAGCAAACACCAUCUUUCAGAGGAGAAGCAUUCAGCACCCAAACAUGGUGGAGACCCCACUGUAUAUGAAAAUACUGCUUUCCCAAGAGCCUCAGCUCUGCCUGCACAGGGCCUGGGCUCCUCCUCUGCUUCUCCUGAAGUUCUGUAUGAUAGUCCCUAUCAGAAAUUGGACAUCACUAGAGUGGCUAUUUAUGACAAGAUCCCUCCCUGGAAGAACCCUAAAGCCUAAGGAAGAAGAGAGAGUCCCUAAGGAUGUAGGGACAACCUUCUGUUUCUCUUCAUUAAGGCGGGUUCAGAGGCAUCUCAGAGGAACAGCUGAAACAUCUGAGUAAUGGGAAAAAACAACAGGAUUAGAGAGAAAGAAGCCAGAUUUGGGGAGAGGGAAGACUUCCAGGGACAGGGGAAUACCCAGACCUCCCAGAGAAGACUGAGAAGAUGAAAGAAGCCAUAGUCUGAUGUGCCUGAGUUGCUUAGAAGCCAAGGAACUCUAUGGGUUGGGUUUGGGUACAUAUUCUAGGGUACAAGUGCUUCAGUAUUUUGAAUGUCUACGUAUUUUAUUGUCUUCCUUAUCACCUUUAUCCAUGUAAAAGUCCUUCUGGAAACUUCCAUGUUUAUUCCAACUGAACUAAGAUGUAGAUGAUCCAUCCUAUCCAUAUGGUCCUAAGAUGAUGAUAUUCUCUGAGUCAGAGUCCAUGGUCUUUCCUCCUGAGUUUCCAUGGAAGCAAGGAUCUUUGGCUCUGGGAAACAUGAACCCAAAUAUGAAUCAUCAGGGUCCACAAGAAGCAGAGGUGGUUGAUGGCAGUAGAAACCCCAACAGUGUAUGAAGAAACCAGUCCCAGAUAGCCAAUUGCAGCCACAGGGAGUAUGACUGCUCAUGGCAGAAAGAAAUUCCAACAAUGGGCUCUCAUGACAAUGACCCUUGGAGCCCAAUAGUGAGACCUACUCAGAGAAAAAGGAUUUCCAGGUUCAGGAUCUUGGUGGCACCCCUUAGUGUCAAGGAUCCUCAACACAGGCAGAUAACAACCACUUUAUUUAAAGUUUGUGCCCACUCCUUCCAGGGUAGCUAUAUUUAUGUGA